CCACCUCCAAUUGCUCCUCCCCUAGCACAACCCUCUCCUCCCGUCACUAGAGCCGCCCAGGUGUGCGAAGCUGUACCCGUUCACCCAGUUCCUCCUCAAGCUGAAGUACAGGGACUUCCUCCACCACCCCCACCUCCUCCCUUGCCUCCUCCUGGCAUUCGACCCUCCUCUCCUGUCACAGUUGCAGCCCUUUCUCACCCUCCCCCUGUUCUGCACCCUCCUCCCACAACCAUUGUCCCUGGCCCUCAUGCCCCCCUAAUGCCUCCAUCUCCACCGUCCCAAGUGAUUCCUGCUCCCGAACCCAAACGCCAUCCUUCGACUCUCCCUGUAAUCAGUGAUGCUAGAAGCGUUCUGCUGGAAGCAAUACGGAAAGGUAUUCAGCUACGCAAAGUUGAAGAGCAGCGUGAACAAGAAGCUAAGCAUGAGCGUAUUGAGAAUGAUGUUGCUACUAUACUUUCUCGUCGCAUUGCUGUGGAAUACAGUGAUUCAGAGGAUGAUUCAGAAUUUGAUGAAGUGGAUUGGUUAGAGUAAAAUUACUACAUUGCUGUACACUGCAAAAUUGAAUGCUAAUGUCCAUUGUGGUGCUUGUUCUUUGAAAGUUUGAUGGUCAUUUCUAGUGUUUUUUGUAUUCUUUUCUUGACAUAAUUAAUCCAUGUUUUUCUACUUUUCAGUUUACAAAAAGCUCCUAGUGCAUCUUUGAAACUAAAUGUUUUACAGUGGCUUUUCUUACACAUCUUUUUUGAAAGAACAUCCUUUCUUCCAAUAGACCACUAAGUAUUAAGCAUGGGCAGCUGUUGGUAGAGUAGCAGUUUCAAUUUUUUGGCAUAUCUUAACUGUGCACUUUGUGAAUUUUAAGUUAAUGAAGGCAACUGAGAUUGACAUUCCAAGGGCAGCUGUAUGUACUAAUGAGCCUUAUUCCACUUCUGAUAGUGUUUUAAAACAUUGAACCUAGCUCUCAAGAUAUCACUGCCUUGAUUACAUCUGUACGCUAAAAGUACAUAGAGUUAGCAGCACUGAACACACUGAAAGGAAAAUGGAUCUUUUGGGGGGUUUAUUAUUGUUUUAUUGUUGUUUUUAAAUAAUUAUGGCCUUAUUUGAAUGUUUAGAGAUUCCCCUUCCCUUCUUCCCUGCCAGGUACAUAUUGUGUGGUACUAUUUUUGCCUGCGUAAUAAAAGUUUAAAUUUUUUUCCUUGUGAAAUCUUUUGACUUAAACAUGCUGUGUAACUUAUGUAACUGUUAAAAUAACAGUUUGAUUUAAUAAAUGGUUCAUUUUAAAUGUU